AGAGGAUCACAGGAGAUAAAAAUGUCCCUGGCUGUUCAGUCACAGACAUGCAGCUCUUUGUCUGUGCCUGGGAGCUAUACACCUCAAGGUCACCAGACAGGAGACAGACGGUUGCUCAGAUCAAGGCUCAUGUAGCCUCUCUGGAGGGCAUCGCUUCAGAAGAUCAAGUCGCACUUCUGGCAGGCAUGCCCGUAGAGGACGAGGCUACCCUAGAUCAGUGUGGACUGAAGGCUCUGACCACCCUGGAAGUAGCUGGCCACACGCUUGGAGGUAAAGUCCAUGGUCUCCUGGCCCAUGUUGGGAAAGUAAGAGAACAGACUUCCAAAGUGGUCAAACAGGAGAAAAAGAAGACAAGCCGAGCCAAGCAGUGGAUGCAGUACAACCAGAGCUUUGUCAAUAUUGUGCCCCCCUUUGGCAAGAAGGGCCCAGUGCCAAGUCUUAAAUCCAUUGUAAUCCUGGCUUUCCCCAAUAAAGCCACAUAGUCCAGUCAAAAAAGAAAAAAUGUGUAUAUACAUAUACAUAUAUAUAUAUAUAUGUAUAUAUAUAUAUAUAUAUAUAUCCCUUUCAUUUAGCAGCAGAGAAGUUAGAAAGUAAGGCCAACUCUGCUGCUUCUUAGAACAGGGAUUCUUCACCCAAAGUCAGUGAAUGAUGGGCUUGAGGUGGAUGUGCAUUGGCAGGGUGGGAGUGGGGGUGGGGAUGGGAUACACAGCCCCUCAGAAAGUUAUUUGUAACAGUUUGUAUCAAAAUAUUAUUUGUAACAGUAUUAAAAUGUAUUAAAUGUAUUAAAUUUUGGUAUUAAAAUCUUCCUAGAAGGACAAUCCAUUGCACUUAUCAGCUUCUUAGGGGUCCAUGCCCCUAAAGAUGAAUCACUAUUUUAGGAUGAUUAAGAAAGAGGGGAAAAAGGCAUGGAGUUUAAUUUGUUCCAUUCAGGGCAGCUUCCCUGCUAGCCUCGGCUCAGAGUUGCUAUAAACAAUGCCUUUUCA